AUGACCGAUAACUGGGGAUCUGAAAACGUCAUCAUCGACGCCGCUCCGGCUACCGAGGCACCAGAGGUAAUUUUUUUUGUGCUUUUGCAAAAACUGUAACGUGUUUUUUCAGGUUGCUCUCUUCGGAAAGUGGUCGCUCCAGAGCGUCAAUGUGUCCGACAUCUCCCUUGUCGACUACAUUCCAGUCAAGGAGAAGUCCGCCAAGUACCUGCCGCACUCGGCUGGACGCUUCCAAGUCCGCCGUUUCCGCAAGGCCGCUUGCCCGAUCGUCGAGCGUCUUGCCAGCUCCUUGAUGAUGCACGGACGCAACAACGGAAAGAAGCUGAUGACCGUCAGAAUCGUCAAGCACGCUUUCGAGAUCAUCUACUUGCUCACCGGAGAGGUUAUAUUACACUUUCAUAUAAACAAGACUUUAUUUUGUAUUUUUUUUCAGAACCCAGUGCAAGUUUUGGUCAACGCCGUUAUCAACUCGGGACCACGUGAAGACUCGACCCGUAUCGGUCGUGCUGGAACUGUCCGCAGACAGGCUGUUGACGUUGCUCCACUCAGAAGAGUUAACCAGGUAUGUUUAGUAAGCCGUUUCAUCGAAAAAAUAUCAGUUUUUCAGGCUAUCUGGCUUCUGUGCACCGGAGCUCGCGAGUCCGCCUUCAGAAACGUCAAGACCAUCGCCGAGUGCCUGGCUGAUGAGCUCAUCAACGCCGCCAAGGGAUCGUCCAACAGCUACGCCAUCAAGAAGAAGGACGAGCUCGAGCGUGUUGCCAAGUCCAACCGAUAA